AUGGCAGCGAUCGCGCUGUCCUCAAUGACGAUGACUCCGCUAGGAGAACUCAGGUACGGGGCGACCCCCGAGGCUGAGCUUUCCAGCUGGCUCCAGGCAUGUUACCGAUCCGAGCUUGCCACAGACCUGAAACCACCACGGAUAGCAGGGUUUGAUCACGACGGACUGGGUCCGAACGUGAUGCGAAUGGAAUAUCUGGUCGUUCGCGACCUCGAUCUGGAACCCUUGAACGAAAAGAACCCCGCGAAAAGUCAUGAUGACUUCCACCCAUCAUCGUCAUCAUCUGAAGGACGCAUCGUGGCUUAUGCAGAAUUCACGUACCAUCCGCCGGAGGAUGCGCACUCCCACUACCAGGGUCAGAACGCCAAAACUACUACGCCAGACUCGAAGGACGAGAUCCUUCUCCAACCACAACCACCUCCUUCAGUGCACAACGAAUUGCGCAAGCACUGGGACGGUCUUGUCGAAACCGCGCUGCAGAGACAGUUCGGCGGGAUGCAUUGCUUUGAGGUCCGAGGCCUCUCUACCCUAUCACCUUCGCAUCUUCGCAGAGGCAUCGCGAGCACGCUGCUCAGCUGGAUCUUCCCCUGGGCAGACAGGUUGAAUGUGCCGGUCGUGCUGGCUGCGACACCGCCGGGCUAUCCGCUGUACCUGAAGCAUGGCUUUGUGCCGGCGGGGCCCAAUGACGGUGCCAUUGAAUGCGAUAUGGCUCAAUGGGGAGGCAGCGGUGUCCAUAAACACGUCUUGAUGAUACGAUGGCCAGAGAAGGAGCCAGGAUUUGAGAUGGUCGGUACACGCGACGGAUGA